UGGCCCGCAGUUUGCCAACCACUGGUCUAAGUGCACAUAAAUUCAGUAUCACCGCAUAGCAUUAUAAAUAUGAUUAUGAGAUGAAACUAUGAAGCCGAAUUGAAUGGGACGGAGCGACACAGAGAGCGAGAUCUCGGAUCUGAGAAGUGUUUUCUAUAACUGCCACCUACCUACCUACCCGCCAUAAGUUGAACACCGCUAGCGCAGAGAGCCCCCUUUUGCCUUUUUGAUCAUAAAAGUGGUUCGUUUUACAGGCCGGCAACCGAGUACAAUACACAUAUAGCAGCAAGAACGGAAAGCCAUUAACAUGUCUCUCACGUUCACUUUGACGCUCGUACCAGUUCAGUCUGACUGUGUAGUCGGGUGUUCAGCCAUUUUCAUUUUGACUGUCUUGCUGGUUAGAAGUGAUUUCCUCGCAUUAUCUCGACGUCUGUUGAAAAGCGAAAAAGGGUGGUGAAAAGGAAAAAAAUCUAUUUCUGCGCUUAAUAAAAGUGUAUUUUUGAUUCUACUCGAACCGGAAAGUGGUUCAAAACGAAAAAAAAAAACGAUGAGUGACAAAGAUUCGCUGGAGCAACCACCGGAAGAGGGCAUCGAAAUCGAACCAAUGGACGAGUUCGACUGUCUGGAGCUGGAGAAGACCAUCAUAAACGAGUGGGGAAUGCAAAGAAGUUCAUUGAACAGGAUGAUUUAUUGUGGAAUCACAGUCCGAUGCAUGGAGGUCAUCCAGGAUGCAGAAAUAAACGAACUAUUCAACGACCCUCGCAUGCUGGGACAGAAAGUCAUCUUCAAACAUCGCAUAAAAGAACUGCAAACAAAUGCCCUGCUACAACUGGUGGGGGCCCGCAAGAGAAGACAUGCCUCAUCCGAGAUGAGCUUCAACCAGAAGCUGGAUGACAAUCCUCCCAUAAACCCACCUCCGAUCCACCCUAGUUCAAUGCCACAUCAACCGAAGAAGAUGAAACUGGAAGACGACGACGACGACGACGAUGAAGAUCCACUACUAACGGAUACAUCUCUGCUCGAACCGGAACAGUCCCUGGAAGCCUCGGAUCAAGCUAUCCGUCUCCACGAUCACCAUCCAACCCCCAUGCAGAACGGAUCGUUCAUCAAGCCCACCACGGCCAACGCCAUGGCCGGAAACCUACCAAUCCGGAUCUCGGUCGACGGUCUCCGACAGCUACUGCAGGCCAGCCGCCAAGGUCAGUGGGUCCUGUCCUACUACAACACGUACCACACGAUGAACCGCAAGAUCCAGGCGGCCCUCACCCAUUGCAUCGUGGAGCAGUUCCUGGUGUACAACAUCAUGUUCUCGCAUCGGUUGAUGCGCCAUUACGCCGUCAUUAUUACCCAACUCUUCCCGACGGAAUGUGCCGAAGUGUACUACAAACCGGCGCAAACGCUCGGCUGGAAGCGAACCUGCGCCUCUGGGAAGUUGAUGGACCGUUGGGCGAACCAGAGGAUGCGCCACAAGGAUCGGUAUCCGCAGCAGCGACCGCGCAUUUUGGACGACACUUCGGACCAGAGGACUUUUGCGGAGAUGUCGCUGGUGAUGGGACAGGCCGCUCUCGGUGGACUGUGAAUGCGAGGAUCGCGAGAGCGAUUUGGUCGGGAGCUAGUCAGUGUGAAAUGUGUGAAGUUGAUUUGUAUGCGAGAAUAAACGAGAUUAUUAAUGAACUAGUAGCAAAGUAA